GAUCCAGUUGAUCCAACAAGCACUGUGAUUGUCAUUCGUUCUUUGGUACCUGGUGGAGUUGCUGAAAAGGAUGGUCGCCUUCUUCCUGGAGAUCGCCUCAUGUUUGUCAAUGAUGUGAACUUGGAAAGCAGCAGUCUUGAAGAAGCUGUAGAGGCGCUGAAGGAGCACCCUCAGGAACUGUGGACACAAUGUGCUGACCUGGCGGAUGAGUCCACAUUUGAAUCUCAGUACUCUCCUGAUAAGGACAGUGUCUACUCUCCUCAAGCCUCUAUUUUAUCUCUUCAUGGCAGUGCUGGUAGUGAUGGUAUGAACUACGGUUCCUCCCUUCCAUCAUCGCCUCCCAAGGAAGUUACUGAGCAUUCUUCCGAUCCAGUUCUUGAUCUGCAUAUGUCCUUGGAGGAACUCUAUACCCAAAAUCUGCUGCAAAGAAAGGAUGAGAAUCCACCUUCAGUGGACUUGAGCAUGGGGCCUGCUUCUGGGUUUACCAUAAACGAUUAUACACCUGCGAAUGCUAUUGAACAGCAAUACAAAUGUGAAAACACAAUAGCAUGGACUGAGACUCACUUACCAAGUGAGGUUAUAGCCCGUACAGAACUUACCUCACCUGUGCUACUUGAUUCAACUGGAAAGGGCUCUGAGUACUUGACUGAACAGAGCUCCCUGGUUUCUAAUUCUGAAUGUGUCAUGCUCCAAAACCUAUCCAAAGAAUCUUUUGUGAAAACUAUUACUGCAGCAAAAGGCAAUUCUAGCCUAGGGAUGACAGUAAGUGCUAAUAAAGAUGGAUUGGGGAUGAUAGUUCGGAGCAUUAUUCAUGGUGGUGCCAUUAGUCGAGAUGGCAGGAUUGCAGUUGGGGACUGUAUCUUGUCCAUUAAUGAAGAAUCUACCAUCAGCUUAACCAAUGCUCAGGCACGAGCCAUGCUGAGAAGACAUUCUCUCAUUGGGCCUGACAUAAAAUUUUCUGCAGCACCUGCUGACUAUCGAGCCCCCUUUUAUGUAAUUACGUAUGUGCCUGCAGAACAUCUGGAAGAGUUCAGAAUGAGCUUGGGACAACAAUCUGGAGGAAUAAUGUCCCUAGAUGCGUUGCCUUCAUACACUGUCAGAGACAUGCCAGAACUACCAGAGCGAGAAGAAGGAGAAGGAGAAGAAAGCGAACUUCAGAAUGCAGCGUACAGCAAUUGGAAUCAGCCCAAGCGGGUUGAACUUUGGAGAGAACCAAGCAAAUCCUUGGGCAUCAGCAUUGUUGGUGGACGAGGGAUGGGGAGUCGUCUAAGCAACGGUGAAGUGAUGAGGGGCAUUUUCAUCAAACAUGUUCUUGAAGAUAGUCCAGCUGGCAAAAAUGGAACCUUGAGACCUGGAGACAGAAUAGUAGAGGUGGAUGGAAUGGACCUCAGAGAUGCAAGCCAUGAACAAGCUGUGGAAGCCAUUCGGAAAGCAGGCAACCCUGUAGUCUUUAUGGUACAGAGCAUUAUUAACAGACCAAGGAAAGCCCCCUUGCCUUCUGUGCCGCACAACCUUUACCCUAAGUACAGCUUCAGCAGCACUAACCCAUUUGCUGACUCCCUCCAGUUCAACGCCUACAAGGCACCCAGUCAGUCAGAGGCAGAGGAAGAGAAGGCUCCUCUGUGUGAUGUGCCCGCACCCACUCCUUCAGGAUUGGCAGAAAUGGGCAGUGAUCUCACACAGUCUGCAAGUAAAACCUCAGAAGAUGCGGAUAAAGAGGAUGAGUUUGGGUACAGCUGGAAAAAUAUCAGAGAGCGUUACGGAACACUAACAGGAGAGCUCCAUGUGAUUGAACUGGAGAAAGGUCGUAGCGGUUUGGGUCUCAGUCUUGGAAACAAAGACCGAUCCAGAAUGAGUGUCUUUAUCGUGGGGAUUGAUCCAAACGGAGCAGCAGGGAAAGAUGGUAGAUUGCAGAUUGCCGAUGAGCUUCUAGAGAUCAAUGGUCAAAUUUUAUAUGGAAGAAGUCAUCAGAAUGCUUCAUCAAUCAUUAAAUGUGCCCCUUCUAAAGUAAAAAUAAUUUUUAUCAGGAAUAAAGAUGCAGUGAGUCAGAUGGCUGUAUGUCCUGGACAUACAGGAGAACCAUUGGCUUCUACCUCAGAGAGCCUUCAAAGUAAGGAGAUGGAGUCUGGUGUUACUAUGUCUGAGGUAGCUGUGGGCCUCAGUUCAUUUAAAAAUGUGCAACAUCUGGAGCUUCCCAAGGAUCAAGGAGGUUUGGGCAUUGCUAUCAGUGAAGAAGAUACAAUCAGUGGAGUCAUCAUAAAGAGUUUAACAGAGCAUGGAGUGGAGCCAAG